AUGAUCUACCUCUUCAUGAUAUUCGCGUGGAUAACAGCCACAAUGGCUCAAUCGAACACGUCACUCGCGACGAAAAUGGAUGAAAUAGCCACGGAACUAGAUGGACUCAGUCGGGAUUUCGCUGAUUCACGAUAUAAAUACACAUCCAAGAUCCGAACGCGCCUCGUUGAUUUACUUCUUCGGCUCAUUCCUGCUGAGUUGGAAAUGAGGCGUGAAAACAAUCCAGAACUUCAACAAAAGUUCGACGAUAUCCAGGCCAAGCUGGAGAAGAAAAUGCGAAUCAGCUACGUCAGAAUAAAAGAGAAGGAUAUUCCCGGUUAA